AUGCUGCUGACAUCUGAGGACACCACCGACACUGGAAAGUGCCAGGAUGUCGAGAAGUCUGCCGCUGCCGUGCAAGCUGGAAGCGAACAGGAAACCACAUCUCCGUUAACGUUGACCGAGAGAGAACUCCAGAUUCCACCCAACCCUCCUGGUCCCUACGAUGAUGACCCUCGGGACUGGUCGGCCCUCCGCAAAGCUUUUACAGCAGUCCUUGUCUCCCUCGGUCAGCUCGUCGCUUUGAUGAGUGCGAGCGUCGUCUCCCCGGCUCUGCCAGUCAUUGCCCGCGAUCUUGGCUUGGGCGAAUCCACCAUGCAGAUUACCUUUUCAAUAUACAUGCUCGGCCUCGGAUUGGGGCCAUUUUUCAUAGCUGCAUGUUCCGAGACGUUUGGCAGGAGACCCAUCUGGUUUUGUUCACAUGUGUUUUAUAUCUUUUGGAACACACUCUGCCCCGCGGGCAAUUCCCCCCCGUUGAUGAUCGCAGGACGUUUCUUGUCGGGGAUCGGGGCAAGCGUGGGUGUCGCACUCUCUGGCCCAAUCGUAGCAGAUAUGUAUCCCCCUGAAGAACGUGGUCGGUCGCUGGCCAUUGCAACAUUCGCUCCAUAUCUGGGUCCUGCCCUUGGGCCUGUGUUAGGGGGGGUCAUGACCCAGCAUACAAAAUGGCAGUGGCUGUUUUGGGUGCUUUCAAUUUUUGAUGCAUUCGUGGUGCUUGUGGCGUUCUUCACACUGCACGAGACUUAUGAGCCGAUCCUGAGACGAAAGCAGGACAAAAAGGAGGUCGGCGAUCAAGGAUUUGUAAACAAAAGUUUGGAUGCAGUACGUCGAUUGAAGAACAAUAUUGGCACACCGGUCUCUUUGCUUUGUCGGCGACCCAUUGUGCAAGUCUUCUCACUGCUGAUGGGUCUUAGCUUUGGUGUGUACUGCAUCACUCUCUCAACGUUCGCCGUGCUUUGGGUCGAUCAAUACCACCAAUCAGUCUUCAUCAGCAGUCUACAUUACAUUGCCAUAGCUGUCGGUGCAACGCUAGGCUCGCAAACAGGAGGAUAUUUGACCGACUUCAUCUGGCGGCGACUUCGAGAAAAGGCAGGUGGUAAUGUCACACCAGAAUAUCGUGUGCCUAUGAUGGUGCCGGGGGUUCUCCUCAUGCCGAUUGGGCUUCUUUUGUAUGGCUGGGCAGCUGAGAGCAAAACACAUUGGACCGUCGUCGAUCUGGGUGUGGUAGUUUUCGUCAUGAGAAGUCUCGUGUGGGUGCAGGCGACGAUGGCCUAUCUGCUUGACGAGUUUGUGAAGCAUGCAGCUUCUGCGAAUGCAGCAUCGAGAGGGAUGUCAUAUCUCCUGGGGUUUGUCUUUCCAAUCUUCGCGCCGCAGUUGUACCAGAAGCUGGGCUAUGGUUGGGGGAAUAGCUUACUUGCGCUGCUUGUUGUGACCCUGGGUUGGCCUAUGCCCAUGAUCCUGUGGAAGUUCGGCGCUCGGUUGAGAGCAAUCAGUUGGGGCUCAGAACAUGUCAGACGGUGA